AUGGAGCUGCGUGAGCUGCACGACGAGCUGCGACGCCUUGAGGGCCCCUCCAAGGAGGAGAUCCAGGCGGUGAAGACGGCCGUGAAGGUGCCGGGCAAGACGGACGCACCGACCCUGUCGGAGGAGAACCGCUUCCCGAAGUUGGCGGAGAUCUCGGCUGGCAAGGACCUGCCGUUCUUCUCCCGUGCCGAGGUUGCCAAGCACAACACUGCCGAGGAGCCUUACAUGAUCAUCCACAACCGCGUCUACAACCUGAAGCCUUUGCUGGGCAGCCACCCCGGCGGCGACGACAUCCUGAUGUCCAAGGCAGGCACGGAUUGCACCAAGGACUUCGAAGUCUUCGAGCAUUCCGAGAAGGCCCGAGUGCAGCGAGAUCGCGACAUGCUGGUGGGCCAGCUGGUGCCGGCGGAGAACACGGACUGGUCGGAGUCGGCAGCAGUGCAGCAGGUGGUCGGCGAGGAGACUUCUGAGAUUGGCCGCUACCUGAAGUACAAGGUCACGGACGUGGCGGUUGCUGCCCUGGCUUGGUACCUCUUCAAGACCUUCCAGAACCGCAAGCCUUUGUCGCAGUUCACCUACAGCCGGGCCUUGAGGCACCUGCACCUCAUCAUGGCCGUGGGCAUCUUCGGUGCUGUGGGCACCGCUCAGGCCGCAUCCUACUCGGAGGGUCAGGCCAAGAAGCAGAUGCUCUGGUGGCACAAGCAGACGGGCAUCCUGAUGCUGGUGGCGCUUGUCUUCCGAGUGAUCUUCCGAAUGCAGAGCGGCAUCCCACCGCGCUUCCCAGGCAACAAGCUCGUGCAGAUGAUCGAGACACAGAGCCUGCGGGCCUUCUAUGCCUUCGCCCUGCUGCUGCCAGUGUCCGGCAUCGCCAACGAGUACUUCCUCAAGUGGGCACCGGGCUCCGACAAGACCGGCAACGCCGAGGACGAUCGCAGGAACGACCGCCUGGCUAAGCAGUCCAUUGAUGCCCACAAGGUCCUGGGCAAGGUGCUGCAGUACGCCUGGCUGCCCUUCCACCUGGGCUACACCACCCUCUACCACUACUCCCAGGGCAGGGGCGUCGUUCGCAAGGUCUCCCCCUUCAUUUAA